UACAGCACUCAGAAGUCAGCCAACAAACAGAGUAAGAGCACGAACGCUACUGGAAAUGUCACUCCGGCAAGGGUUCCGGUGAACGCUGAAGCGACCGAAUUUGUAAGUUUCUAGGGUUUCUUUCAGUCAAUUUGGGCGCCAGUGAGAGAGAUAGAGAGUAAUUACAAUGGGGGACGGCGCUAUGGUGCUUAAGCGAGCUCAUACCGACUUUGGCGACUACGAGGAAGAUGUGAUUGCGGAGAUCCUUGCAAGGCUACCGGGAAAAUCCUUGAUGCGUUUCCGGUGCGUCUGCAAAUCAUGGCGUGCUUUGAUCUCCGAUUCGUAUUUUGUAAAGAAACACCUCAGCUAUGGAGAGAGAGGCAUCACCGAGAGCGCUCAGAGGCUCAUUUUCAUGCUGGAUCCUCCCUUGGCCUUGGACUGUGAAGCCUUGAAAAGUAUGGAGGACUAUGAAGCCUUGAAAAGUAUUAAGGAUGAUGAUGUUCAUGGUUCUGGUGGUCAGUUUGCAGUCACUCAGCUGGAUUUUCCGGUAACGAAAACUAUCUCUGAUUUCAGUUAUAGAGUUCUUGUUGGUGCUUGCAAUGGCUUGGUAUGUGUAGAUGUUGGCUACGAGGCCAUUAUGUUAUGGAACCCUUGUACUAGAGACUCCAAGGUUUUACCAAAACCUCCUCCAGUUGUAGACUCCAAGUUUAGCAACUAUCUUUAUGGAUUCGGGUAUGAUUCUGCUAGUGACGACUACAAGGUGAUACGGGGGUUCACUGAUUAUCAUGCUGAGAAAAUCAUGAUUCACAUCUUUUCACUGAAAACAGGUUCAUGGAGGACUGUUGAAGACAUUGAUUAUGUUACAUUAAUAAUGCGGCAGGGGUUGUUCUUAAACGGAGCUCUGCAUUGGCUAUGUAAUCUACCUGAAGGGGGCUCAAGAAUUUUGUCUUUUGAUUUAGAGGCGGAGAAAUUUCAGAAGACGAUUCCAUUACCCUAUGAUGACUGGUUUUUUGAUCUCUUGAUUCAUAAAAAUUGCCUCUGUGUACUUGCUUGCCCAACUCGAACCAACACUUUCAACAUAUGGAUGAUGAAAGAAUAUGGGGUCAAGGAAUCCUGGACUGAAGUCUUACAAUUUUCUUUGGAGAAUUAUGUAGAGUCUUAUGAUGAUUUAAGAGGAUAUUUCAGGCCUGUGUGCAUUUUAGAGAAUGGUUUAGUUUUGAUUAAUCAGUUCGGUGUGUGUGAAGACCUCAUGGUAUUAUCUGAUCUAAAGGAGAAGAAAUUCAAGCAUUUUGUUGAGGUCGCAGAGGACUUGGAGUUUAGAACAGUCAUUUACCGAGAGACAUUAGUUUCACCAGACGCCCACACAUACAAAACAAACAAUGUGAGCUAGGAGCUCGUUGUUGUAGUUCUCAAGGAAAUAGGGAGGCGAAAGUGCUUUUGUAGAAGCAACCAUCCAAGGUGGGCCUCAUUUUGAGGAGGGUGUGGGUGUGGGGUUAUGUGUAAUGUUUUUCCUUCACUGGGAAAAUCAUUUGCUUAUGUAGAAAAUGGAUGCAGCGUUAUGCCGUUAUCUAUAAACAUUGUGUGAAAUAUCUCGUCUUUGUAAACCUAUUACAGUUUUUUCUUAUGACUAUCAAAUAUUGAAAUGUUAGCUCUUGUCA